AUGCGUCGAACUGUAUCAAUGGAACAUGCUACUAAUAUUCUGUCGACAAACAUCCCUUCGGAUGAUGACUCCUCGGCUGACGAUGAGAUGACGUCAUUUCGUUCGUCUGAGGCAAUCCCAGCUUUACCUAAACCUUCAUCAGCUGAUUCACUUCCAAACUAUUACUCAAACCCCCCUCUUUCUAAUAAAAUUUUGAAUUCAGAAUAUUUAACAGCAUUAUAUCAAAAUGCUAGAAGAAGCUCUACUCCGGACGAUAACGAAGAGAAACUCGAAGUAUCGCCACCUCAUUCGUUAAGAGUACCAACCGUAGGCUCUUCUUCUUCUCUUUUAAGUCCAAGAACUGUUCACUCCUGUGACUUUGAAACUUCAAAUCAGUCUAACGCUAUUCGUCUAGUAGCUAGUGCGGCAGAGUUGACUGGUAGCAAAGGAUCUAGUAGUGACGUUUUUCGUAAUGACACAAAGAGUAGUAUGAUUAGUUCCGAAGCUUUAAUUCCUGUAAAACGGGAGAGCGAACGCUCUUUUUUCGUUGAUGGUUCGCUAGAAUCUUUACAAGAAAAUGAACGGUCAAAUUCAUCCUUGAUGCAUCAACAUUGCUCCGACAUUCCACACGAUGAAGUAUCAUCUUCUACAGGUUCUCUGUGUGGCUUAAGUUAUGCUCACAAGAGAUCAUUCUCAGCUGAUGUUGUGCCAGGCACAAGUGAAGAGCAACCAGAUCCUAACAUAGAAAACGUCUUUCACAGUCGAGCCAAAUCUCAGGACUCUAUGACAAAACAAGACAGUACUAAUUUGAAUAAUAGUUUACCAUUCUCCUCUCCCGAAACUGAGGAGAUACCCAGAGCGAAUGAUGCUGCAGUUUAUUCUUCUGCUGGAUCACCAAAUAUGGAAGUACUCAACUCAUCUGUUGAACCUCUACCAGAUUCUCCUUGGGUUGAUGACCAAUUGUCUCCAACUAGGAUAUUUGAUUUUCCUGAUAAUAGACCAAGAAACCAUGUUGACUUACCAGCUAUAAGUGAAGAAUGCGAACAGGAUGCUAUUCCGCGUUCUAUUGAGCUCACAGAGCUGAUUGGUAUGUAUGAUCCAGACGUUUGUUCACCAACGACGUUCUCACAAAAAGAUGAUUUGUCUAUCAGCCCUGUUAAUAGUCCACCAAUUCCAAUACAUAGGAGAGUAGUCAGCGAUAAUCAUAUUUUAUAUGGAAAUAACAACGAUUUUGAAAUGAAAGUAGAGGUUCGUCCUCGGGAACAUUCAACUCGUACGGGUACAGUAUCUAGUCGAUGUAAAAGUCAAGUCAUGUUAAAUAAAGCCGAAGAGCUAGAAGGAGCUAAAGUUGAACGAAACCUCAGUAGUUCUGAUUCUGCUUUAAAUAUAGGUUUAGAAGCUCCCGAUGUUCCAACAGUCCCCCCUCCUGUUGUUAUUUCGAGGAAAAAUUCAACAGCACAAGCCAGCUCAUGGCAACGAUUCUUACCGUCAGGUGGAGCGAAUCCGCAUAAUGUUAUUAUUCCAUCAACAGCAAGUAUCCCCACGCGGACUAUCAAGCGCACUGAAUCAUCAGUUGAUAAUCUCAAUGUGUCGUCAUUAUCCCGGCAUGUUGAUGCUACUUCCGGCAACGGUUCAGCAACUUCUUUUAUGCGACGUAGCCUGCGCUUUUUGUCGAACGUUGGCUCUCGUGCCAGUGGAUCCCCACGAAGUCUUGACUAUGAUUUGCUUUCGUCCGUUUCUCCGUCCAGCACGACUAUCAUCCAAGAUGAAUUUCCAACACUACGUAGAAGAGCCACUGCACCACAUAGGAAAUCGAGUCGAAGAAAAGCUAGGUCGGACCGAUCGCGUAUUGAAAAGAAAAAGGAGAAGGGAUCUUCGGAACCCUUUUUCUUCAGCUUACUGGGUACCCGCGGUCGAGCUAAAAAAAGUAAGGAGAGACCAAGUGUGGAUAGUAUAUUUUCUAAUGCAUCUAGUCGUAAUCUACCACAAUCUGCUUCAUUUCCUUUGAGACGGCCUGGAGAUUCGCACAGACCAGGAAUCCCUGCUUUUGCUGAAGGCUUACCUGACAACAUAUCCCGCGUAUUCUCACCUACAGACCUCGAUGAAGGCGGAGAACCAGAGAGAACAGAUCUCCACAGCCAACUGCUCGAAAAUCCAAAAUGGUCUCGCUUAGGCUUAUUUACUGACAUGGAAUACCAAACUUGGCAUGAGAAAUAUCGGCAUGAUAAACUAAGUGAAAAAUUAAUCAAAAAGCAAGAUGCUAUAUAUGAACUAAUAAUGAUAGAACGUCAGCAUUGUGCUAAUCUCGUCUUUCUGCAACAAGGUUAUCGUAUGAGACUGUUGGAAGAGAAUGUUCUCUCUCAAGCCGAAGUUAAUGCUUUAAUACCCGAUGUGAUUGAUGCUUUAUUGCUAUUUCAUUGCAAUUUAUUGGAACAGCUCAUAGAGAGACAGAAAAGCUCUGACGAGGUCGAAACUAUAUCUGACAUUUUGGCCCGAGAACUGUCUGAUGAAGGGAGUCAUACGGCCGUUUGCAUUAAUGCCUAUACAACAUUCGGAACUGCGAAGCAGAAAGCUGAACAAACAUUCUCAAACCUGAAAGCAAAAAAUUCCAAAUUCACGGAAUUUCUCAAGAACUGUGAAAUGGAUAAACUGUAUCGACGUUAUGAGUAUAAAUCAAUAAUGGCGAAGAUUAUUGGUAGGCCCACGAAGUACUGUCUUCUGUUGGAGACAAUUGCUAGAAAUGAACUGAACCAAUUUUCUAAAUUCUCAGAAUAUACUUCAGCAGCUAACCAGGCUGCUAAACGAUUCGCACUUAGAAUCGACCAGAACUUAAUGGUUGCUCAGUUGGCAAGACAUUGGGAGAAAGUUCGAAGCCAUUUCGAUAUGAACAGUUAUACUUGUAUCUACAUUCCUGAUUCCCAAGGAGGGUCUGUAUGCUUGAAGUGGACGCUGUACGACAUUUGCUCAGAGAUUAAUGAAAAUGGGAGAAGGCUGAUGUGUUUGGGAGAUGUUUGGUGGAAGGUCCACUCAGGUGGUUCUGCUAAACUCAACCCAGUCACAAUGGUUCUCUUUGACGACAUUCUGGUUUUGUUAGUCAAGAAAAAUACAAAAAUGGCUUUCGCCAGCAAUGAUCAAGCCGUAUUGCCUGUCUCCAACCUUAUUCUCCGAACUUCCGGCAAAGGACAAUCGAUCAUGCUUGCUUCAGCCGUGAAACCAACCUUACUAGAAUUUGAAUUCCACACAAAAUCUGAUAUGGCAAAAUGGUCCACUGUUCUUGACAACUGCAUAAACGUGACUCGAAUUCCAAUUCGUCUGUCAUAUAAUAAUGAAGACAAGAUCGUCAUGCAAGAAGAGAGGAAGAUCAAAGAAGAGGAAGAAAUGUGGUUCAGAAAGUUAAACAAGCUCUUUGCUGAACGUUGCGACCAGGAAAAGAUGUUAGCUGAUUAUUUGGCUUCCCGAAGAAGGUUUCUCGAAGAAUUGAAAGCUCAUGUGUACUCACUGAGUUGGUCCGGGAGAACGGAUCUCCAAGAAAGAGUACGAGAUGCUAUAAAAGUAAAAUUCAGAGAUUUACGCAAUUCGCGAACUGUACCAUUAAACAAAUUAGUCGAAGAUAUGUCGCGAGCGAAAGAGCUGGAAUUGCUUAAUUUCUUUAAUGAUGAGUUCGUGGACGGGAAUGAUUCGGAUAGUUCAAACUCUGAUAGUUCCACUGGAAAAGGGGUUCGUCCAAGAAGAAUCAAAACGUUCAACGGAGCUACAGAUGCUUCUAGCAAAGGAAAACUCCAACUUCGUAGACACACCACAGUUCCUCGUAUGAGCGAAAGCAGUGAAAAUGGGGUUCCUGCAACUAGAAAUUCUCUUGAGAUCAGAAGGGAGAAGGACGAGAUCGACGAGCAAAUUCAUCAGAUGCCGCUUUCUCAGCCACUGUCAACUCGUCGUGGAUGUUCGAGACUAAUUAAGGACUGCGAGAGACUGAAAACAGAGAAUAUCUUGUUGAAGAACGAACUUGCUCUUGAAAAAAUACGUGUCGUGACUUUGGAGAAAGUUCGUCCCAUUUUUAGCCCUACCGUCACAGCUCCAGGGGAAACAAUGGAGGCUCUUCGUAAAAAAGAAAAGGCAGUACGAGAAGAUGAUGCUCGAAGACGAAGUGAGAUCGAGGAUCAGAAACAGGAUCUUUUGAUUGCUCAAGAUGAGUUCAAUAAGAUUAAAUCUGAAUGGGAAGAGCAAGUUUCGAAAGAGAAGGCUGAUCUCUAUCGAAGAGAAUCAGAGAUUGCUGAGAAAUGGACCAAGUUAAGAGAUGUAGAGUCUCGAGCUGGUCGUCUGCCUGUUAGUACGCCUACGAGAAUCCCCUAUGAAAAGGAACCAAAAACACCAAACUCUUUUGAAUCAGUGUAG